CUUGUUCAUCUAUUUUUGUAUGCGAAUAGAAAUGGUCUGAAAAUGGCGUUUCUACAGCAGUGGAAGAGAUUGAAUUUCUUUGACAAGGAAGUGGUGAAGUUACCAGGUUCUGCGGAAACCUUCACUAGCCUCAAGGACAUUGACAUCACAGCAUGUGCCAGCGGGCGUGGUCAAGUCACCCUGGGAGACUCCGAAGGAAAUCUUUUCUUUCUGGAUCGUAACUUGGAGAUUUCUGGAUUCAGAGCUUACGAGCUUCGUGUGACUCAUUUAUAUCAACUCAAACAGCACAACAUCUUGGUGUCAAUUGGACAAGAUGAGCCAGGCAUCAAUCCCAUCAUCAAGGUAUGGAAUCUGGACAAACAAGACAAGAUGCGCAAUCCAACGUGUUCGCGCAUCACGAGGGCGCUACCAGGGAGUAAUCAACCAUCUAAUGUGUCGGUGCUAGCCGUCAGCGAGACAUUGACUAUGAUGGCCAUCGGAUUCCAGGACGGUAGUGUCACGCUGGUCAGGGGAGAUGUGACAAGAGACAGACACAACAAAUUUAAAACCAUUUUCCAAGACAAGACUCCCAUCACAGGUCUAGCAUUCCGACACUCACAGCGGAGCAAUGUGUUGUUUGUUGCCACGGAGACCAGUGUCAGCUCCUUUAGUCUGAGUGGAAAAGAUUCUCAUCGGGAAGUACUUGACCUACAUGGAUGCCCCAUUCACUGUGCAGUCAUGAGUGAUACGACACAGUUUAAUCAGUUUGUCAUUGGUCGAGAAGACGCGGUGUAUUUCUACCAGCCAGAUGGAAGAGGUCCAUGCUUAGCAUUUGAAGGGAAGAAGACUCUCUUACAUUGGUAUCGAGGCUAUCUCGUCGUCGUUACCAAAGACAGCAAAAUGCUCUCCAGAAAUCUAGGCUCAGGCGGGCAGCAGCUUGUGAUGGAUACAGUCACAGUCUACGAUAUUCAGAAUAAAUUCAUUGCUUAUCUUGCCCCAGUACCGGAAGUCUUGGAUGUGGUCCAGGAAUGGGGAUCGAUCUAUGUACUUGGAGGAGACAGAAAGCUCUAUCAUCUUCUAGAGAAGGACACGCAAACCAAACUGGAGAUUCUCUUUAAAAAGAACCUAUACAGUCUGGCGAUCAAUCUUGCCAAGAGCCAGCAUUACGAUUACGAUGGACUCAUCGACAUCUUCACUCAAUAUGGAGAUCAUCUGUACAGCAAGGGAGAUCAUGAUGGCGCUAUAUCACAAUACAUACGCACCAUUGGACAUCUGGAACCAUCCUAUGUCAUUAGGAAGUUCUUGGACGCUCAGAGAAUUCAUAACUUGACAGCUUACUUACAAGCUCUGCAUAAGCAGUCACUGGCCAAUGAGGAUCACACUACGCUACUACUAAAUUGUUAUACCAAGCUCAAAGAUAAUAGUAAACUAGAUGAGUUUAUCAUGACCAAAGACAAGGAGGUUGAUUUUGACGUAGAGACAGCCAUCAAGGUCUGCCGUCAGGCCGGUUACUACAAACAUGCCUUAUUCCUAGCCGAGAAACACGGCCAACAUGACUGGUACCUCAAGAUACAGCUUGAAGACAUCAAGAACUACCAGAAGUCUCUCACAUACAUCGCUAAGCUGGAAUUUUUUGAGGCGAUGGACAAUAUGAAGAAAUAUGGGAAGACAUUGAUGAACGAAGUCCCUAAAGAUACAACAGACCUCCUUAAGAUCCUGUGUACAGACUACAAACCUAGUGACAUUGCAAAUUUCCUGCAAGUUGGAGUUGAUGGCGAGCCAUUGAUUGAUUCCAGCAUGCUGAGUGGAGACGUCAUACCAACCGUACGCAAAGCCAACGCAGAAGAAUUCAUCCAUAUCUUUGUCAACAACUCACGCCAAUUAAUGGAGUUCUUAGAGCACAUGAUUAAGGUUCAACCAGAAUCCUCCAAUCUGAUAUACAACACCUUACUUGAGUUAUAUCUUCAUGAUAUGGCCCAUGAAGAUGAGAGACGGAAUCGUCUUGAGCUGAAUCGAAGAGCUAUGGACCUCCUACAAACAUCAGAUGAUCAUUGUGACAUCGACCAAGCCCUGGUUUUAUGCCAGAUGCACAAUUUCAAGAAAGGAAUUCUAUUCCUCUAUGAGAAGUCAAAACUUUACCAGCAAAUUCUGCAUUAUCAUAUGGAGAACAAUGAGUACGAUCAAGUCAUAGAUUGCUGCAAGAGAUAUGGGACUCAGGAUCCAAAUCUGUGGGUGCAGACUCUCUCCUACUUUGCCCGUAAAGAAGAGAACUGUAAACAGUAUAUCAUCGAGGCUCUAUGCCAGAUUGAUCGUCAUAAUCUACUGCCACCGCUCAUGGUCGUCCAGACUCUUGCUCAUAACUCAACUGCUACACUCUCUGUUGUGAAGGAUUACAUCAUCCGAAGACUUCAGCAAGAAAAUGAUCAGAUCUCAGAAGAUGAACGGCUCGUCAAACAAUACCGAGAAGAAACAGAGAAAAUGAGGGUUCAGAUAGAGGAGAUGAAGACAAGUGCCAAGAUCUUUCAAGUCUCUAAGUGCAGUAUUUGUAACCACAACUUGGAGCUACCAUCAGUUCAUUUUCUCUGUCAGCAUUCCUACCACCAACAUUGUUUUGAGAGCUAUGCAGAGAACGAUGCAGAGUGUCCUGCAUGUGCACCAGAGAACCACAAAGUCAUGGAUAUCAUUAGAGCUCAGGAACAGAGCAAGGAUUUACAUGAGCAAUUCCAUAGACAGUUGGAGAAAUCUCAAGAUGGUUUCUCAGUCGUGGCUGAUUAUUUUGGAAGAGGAGUUUUCAAUAAGGUCACGCUGUUGACUGAUUCUUUCCCAAAUGCCUCAAGGAAACAAACACCCACUCACACAUCGAGUAACCUUCCUGCACCCAUGCAACCUACAACAGCAUCAUAUAUGAUACCUUCACAAACCCAGUCCAUACCCAGAUCAAGUCAGCCAGCUUCUAGAGCCACCCAACCAUCUCAAGGGUAUACAUCUAUACCCUCUCAAGUACCACAACCUAUGAGGACCCAGGUCCCCCAACCUACUAGAACCCAAGUACCCCAGCCGAGCAGAACCCAAGUACCCCAGCCCAGCAAGACCUAUGUACCCCAACAGCUACCCAGAUCCUCUCAAGCGCCCGUGCAAGUACCCAGAGGUGGUGGUACCCAGUCAAACAAGCAGAGCACCCAGCAACCCCAGGCAGCAACCCCCGAUAUAUACCACUCGAGUCCAAGCAGGCUCACCCCUUCUUCAAACCCAUCCACCCCGCAAUCAUCAAAUCCGAGCACCCCUCAGCGGGUGCCAACACCAACCCAAGAGUACAAUCCCUUUCACACUGGGCCAUCAGCAGGUACAGCAAAAGGACCUACCCCUGCAUCAAGUGGUACGUCCCAGAAAGCUGCCAAGCCAAGCGGUGCACAGUCGUACAAUCCAUUUGAAUCUGGGGGUGAUGCCAGCAAGGGAAGUGAGAGUAAGGUGAAUCCCUUUACCGGACGCCCAGAUACACCUCCUAACCCGUUUGGAAAUGAUGCACCUAGUACCAAUCCAUUUGAUGAAGAUGAAGAUGCUAAUAACCCUUUCCUUUGAAACCCCUUGCUCCAAUGCCAGAAGGGCUGAUUUCUACCAUGCUCCCUAUUUUGGGGGUCAAUAGUCAAUAGUGAAUGCCAGGCAUGCAUUGAUUUCUCAGCAUUUUGCCUGAUUUCAGGAUUUUCUUUGAAGACACUGGACACCUUUGGUAAUUGUCAAAGACCAGUCUUCUCACUUGGUGUA